AUGUCGGAAGGUUUACAGGACACCGCAACUUCUGCGGAGGAGCGCGCCGACACUUCGCCAAUGCCGUCGCCGCCGCAGGCCGUCAUGGCGCAGAAAUCCGAGACGCAGACAACAUCAACGAAAGACCACGAUAACGACGACCAGGAUACCCCGGAACCAGAGGAAGAAGAGGAAGAGUUAGAAAACGACGACGGCGAUCCCAAGCAAGAAGAUGCGUCCGCGCCCCCCCUUACCCGACGAAUGGGAGAACCCUCUCGCGUUCCCACCGAAGAAGCUCCAGCUGCGGAAGAACUUGCGGCGAAAAAGGCACCGGUGCUUGGUGGCUACAAUCCUGCUAUCCACGGUGACUACGACCCGACCGCGUCCUAUGCGCAGCAGUAUGAAGAACAAGCACAAGAAACCGGUGGUCCUGCGGUUGAUCCGACGGCUGCGUACGGCGCUGCCGGUACAUUUAAUCGAUUUACUGGUCGUUGGCAAGCUGGAUCAAUCAACCCGGAGAACCACAAUCAGGAUAACAAGUCCUAUCGACAAAUGAAUGCAUUCUUUGAUGUUGACUCUGCGGCUAAUGACCAUGACGGCCGGAGUCUGCGGGCGGAGAGAAGCGCUAAGAAGCUCACCAAGCAGGAGCUGAAGAUGUUUAAGGAAAAGCGAAGGGAAAAGAAGGAAGAGAAGCGGAGAGCUUGGUUGAGGGAUUGA